CCGUCUUAUUGCAGGGAAACGAGCUCAGGGCUCCACUGAUUCGGUGACAUGUCACCAUCAGCAGCAGCAGCCUUCAUGCAAGAGGUCAAUGUUCGUAGACUUACUGUCUAGUCACUGUCACGGCACAGGCACAUUUUUCUCAGACCCCUUUGCAUUUCUUCCUUUGCACAAAGUCACCAGCAGCAGCAGCCUUCAUGCCAGAGGUCAAUGUUCGCAGAGCCACUGGCUACAAAAACUCCUGCUGGCCCUGUCCAGCCAUUUGUGCUAAGCCCUUUCAGCAUGCGGCUUUCCUGGACAGGAGUGGUUGCAGCUCUGGCCCUGUUGGCCACAGUGGCCCAGGCAGCGGUGGUCACCGAGAAUGGCUACCCCAUCAUGUGGGAGAAGGCGCCGGCGGAGCUCAAAGACUUCCCCGCGGUGGACGCCGAUGAGGUCACAAUCAACCCCUGGGAGUACUUGCAGCGCAUGGGGAUGUACCGACUCAUGCUGAACCACACAAACCAGUACAUGGGCUGCAUGGGUCCCGGCCCGAACGACAGCCCGCUGUGGGGGCUGCCGCUGCAACUGGGUUGGAAGCUGAAAUCAGGUCGGUUGGUGGACCCAACAGCAGCUAGUACCUGUGGUCAAGAGAGUGGUGAUCCAAUGUGUAUCUCUCCCAAGAGCUGGUGGGCAUGUGUGAACUACUACCUGUCUGUCAUUCCAUUCUUGGCUGCCGUACAGACAGGUUUGAUUGGAGACGGAGACAUCAAGAUUACAGUCCAGAGCCCCCCGGAGGGCACCGAAGACUAUUGCACCAACUUUAUGGACUGCUCUGCUAAAUAUCCAGAUUUGAUGUCCAAAUGGGAAACCUUUUUCAAAACAGUGAAAGCGGUGAGUGAAUCAGAAGCCACAGACAUGGAGAAGAGGAACCAGAUCAUGAGCACCAUGUGGGCCGCACAGCAAGCCUCUCUACAGCAGGCCACAACAAGCUGCUCAGAGCGGCAGAAGUCCUAUUCCAAACCAGAAAUUUCCUUCGCUGUGAGCUGGGUGAGCUCGGCCGACUAUGUCAGCGCAGCGUACUUCCAGUCCAACAUGGAGAAGUCGAGGCGGUUCAUGACCCCGCUGCCAAGUCGAGUGCUGACCGAUGCCGACAGCCCUCCUAACGUCCCGGACCUGAGCGCAGAGGAGAACCACGCGCUCUACAUCUUCAGCUGGAUGAACAACGUCAACAAACUACUGGGAAAUACUCUGGUGAACUUGUGGAAUAAGUCCAUGUGUUCCGACGCAGCGCGGGAGAAAGGCAGGCAACUUCUGGAUGAUCUGAUACUGAACCCGAAAUUUGCAGUCUCUGGCCUUCUCUCCAUCCUGACCGGAAUGGCAACCAGCUGCUGAUGCUGCUGCCACAACGUUCCAGCAAUGUUCUCACAGACCAAUUGUGAUGACAGAUCCAACAACUUUCUUAAAUAAAACUACUUUUCAAAACUG